GUCGUCGUCCUGUCGUCCUGUCGCUCAACUUUCUCGCUGAAACAAAGAAACAAUUAAAGUGCAAACCGCAAGCCGCAAGCCGGAAGGAAGUGCAUACCACAAGUGCUUCCCCAGCUCCACCUCAGCUACAGCUCCUCCAGCUUGCUUCUCCCACCGCGUUGCAUGUUGCAUUGUGCCGCAGAAACUUUUAGUGUUCGUCUCUGCCCCCCAUCCAUGUUGCUGGUAAAAUGAAAGCCGACAACUUCCUCAAGUACGGUGCCCCUUUGUACAAUUCGAAAAGUGUCCGGAGCCACUCGCAGAGCCAACCGCAAGGCAGCCACAUCGGAAACAUCGCUAACCUGACAUCGUCCUCGCUCCUGACGAGCGACGACUUGCGUCAUCUCACCCAGCAUCGUUCCGCAGGAUACUCGGACAGGGAGAGCAUUGCCAGCGUUAGCAGUGCGGGUGGCAGGAUUAAGAGGCGAUCGAGAAACUUCCCGAUGAAGUCCUCGAAGGGCAUCAGCAAGAAGAGCAAGACCAUGGAUUACACCAACUACGCCUACAAUGAGGCCGUGGGUCGCCUUAAGGUAAUGCUGGCCGAUAAUUCAUACGUGGCUCCGAAACUAGGAGGUGCCACUUCCUCCUAUUUACGGAAUUUCAACGAGGAUUCCGGGGACAACUUCUCCGACAACUUAUCGGUUAUUGAGCGUCCUGUCUUUUCGGACAUUUCCAAGUACUUGUCGCCAAGUCAAAAGUCACGAAUGACCUCGUACCGACCCAAAAAGAGCUACACUUCCGGAUACAUAUCUUCCUCCAAGGAAAAUCUAGCUUCCAAUCCGGUUAUCUAUCCGAGCAGCUCUGUUCCAGCUGCGCCUCUGCCCGCCGAGAGCGUCCCGGCUCCCGUGGAGAUCUUUAGCUUUAUUGAGAAGCAGGAGGACUACAUCGAACAGUUGGAGAAGGAGUCCAAAUACUGUCGCAACGAGCUGACCAAUCUCCUCGGAAAAGUCAAGGAUGUGAUUAAUGAAAACGAGCAGCUGACGGAGAAUGCCAGAUCCGAGCUGGUGGCCUUAGGUUCGGGCAAGUCCCAGCCGGUGGUGGCCACUACAAGUCCAUCGUCGGAUAGCGAUGAGCAUUUGGUUUACGGCAGUGGACGAAAGACACCCACAACCCCUCGAAAAGGAGGCUCAAAGGUGGCUCAAGUGCAAAGUCCCCGAUAUGCAAGUGCUCCGAAUAUCGUUUACGAGGCCAGGAUCAGCGAACUGGAGGCGGAGCUGAUGCAGGCCAGCAUCGAUUUGAGGCGUCUCCGCACGGAGAACGAGGAACUGAAGCGGAAAUUGUCCCACACCGAUCCCCUUUCCACGGUGGCCACCCUAACCGGAGGAGCCAAUUGCGAACUGCACCGCAAGCAGUUAGAGUCCCUGCAGCAGGAUAAGCUUAAUCUGGAGGAGAGUGUGCGCCACUUGCAGCGGCUCCUGGACGAGGCCAAGGCCCAGAGCCAAGGUAGCGCCUCUUCCAAGAGGUACAUCAACGACCUUGUCCAAAUGGAGCGAUCCCAGGCAGAGCUGGAGGUCCGCCAUCUCCGGGAUGAGCUGGACAGGCAGCAUGAGCGGGUGCGGGAGCUGCAGCACGAGAUGGCCCGAAGACUGGCGGAGGAGCGGGCCAGUGCCGAAAGACGCUACAACAGCCAGGUGGACCAGCUGGGCGGAGAUCUUAGCUGUCAGUGGGAGCAAGUGGCCAAGUUGCAGCUCGAUUUAGAGCGCCAGAAGCGUUACGAAACCGAUCUCAAGCGGGACGUGGCGAGUCGAAAUUCACAGAUCGAGGAGCUUAAGAUGGAGCUGAGAGCCAAUAGGACCACCUUCUUGGCGGACAUGGCCCAGGUGAAUGCUGAGAAGCAGUCCCUGGAGCAGGAGAUCACCUCGCUCCGGCUCCAGCUGGACCGGGCUGCCAGGGAGACCAAGACAGAGGCAGCUCGUCUCACGGCGGAGAUUAACUCCUUGAGGCAGCGACUCGAUAGGGGGGACGCCGAUCUUCUGCACUCCAAGAGGGAGGUCCUGCGUCUCAAUGAUGAGAUAGCCAACCUGGAGAAGGAGCUGGCUUACGGAGAAAUGAAGAACGAAGUUCGACCCACCAAGAAGGAUUUGGACAAGCGAAUCUCAGAGCUACAGGAUAAGCAUGCGGAAACGGUAAAUGAACUUGAGGAAAUGAUAACAUCUCAGAAGCAACUCAUGGAUAAACUGACGGGCGAGUGUAAGACCCUGACGGGCAAGUUAGAGGAUACGACCUACAAGCACAAAGAGGAAAUAUCUGCUCUACAAUCGAAUCUAGAGUAUCUGUCGAAUCGCAUGUUGAGUAAUGAGGAGCAUAUGAGUAAAUUAGAUACCUCACCACAUGAUUAUACUAGCUUAGUUCCUGGAAAAGCCGCUUACGACUACCAGGCAGCCACAUAUGGCACCACAAUCGAUCCCAUACAAAGCACCGCACAACCACACAACAGCGCCGGCGACGACGACUACUCCACUGCAGCCGGCGGAGUCCUGGACGGAGCUUCAGAUCCCGCAACAGUUGCCGCACUUGCAGCAACACCAUCAGCAGCAGCAACAGCUUCUGCUGCAGCCACUGCCGCAGCCAGUAUUGCUGCCGCAGCAGCAACAGGUCGCAAGAGCAGCAUUAGCAAUGGCAAAGGACUCCUCUCGGACUAUGGACUCCACGAUAACGAUGACGAGAAUCUCAAGGACAACCUUGGCCUGGGCGAAAAGCAGCAGCAGCAGCAACAACAGGAGCAGGAGCGCCAACGGGAGCGCGAGGAAAGAGACCGCGAGUUGCAGCAACUACGCGAGCAGCGGGAAAAGCGGGAAAGGGAGCGCGAGAGGGAGAGGGAGCGAGAGCAGGCAGAGCAGCAGCAGCAGGCGGAGCAGCAGAAACAGCAGCAGCAAUCCCUGCCAGAAAGCAGCAUCAGCAAUGCCGGCAGUGCCAACCUGGCCGCCUACAACACGGACUACAGCGCCUACGACCAGCAGCAGUACGAUGCCAGUGCCUACGAUCCCAACGCCUACGCCCAGCAGCAGUACGAGGGCCAACAGUACGACUACGGGGAUCCGGGGGCCGGCUACGACUACGGAGCCACCGAUUACGGACAGUCUGGAUACCAGUAUGACGCCACGCCAGCAGGCCCCGCGACCACUCAGCCGCAGCCCUCUUACCAGGCAGCUCCCCAGCAGCGACCACAGCAGGAGGUGGUGGUGCAGCCGGAUCUCCCGGAGCUGGAACAGGUCCAGCAGCCCCUGUAUCCGCUGCGAGCCGACCACAACCGCGCUCGGGCAGUGGAGCUGUGGGGUCAGCAGCUCCUGGUGUCGGACCAGUCGCCGGCGGCAAAUCCACUCUGCCACAACAGCCUGCCCCGACCACCGCCGGCAAGAAGUAGCUGGAGUCCCGACUGCGAGGACCCCCUGCCCCUGGAAGGCUCUAUAAGUAGCCCCAGCCUGAUGCGCUCCUCCAACGACGAGACCUGCUCCGAGCUAGCCGAUCUCAGCGAGACCUUCAUCCUCCUGCCCGACUACGGAGGCGGAGGCUCCCCGGAUGACGAGGAGGAAGAGUUGAGCUUGUCACCGGCCCACACCACAAUCAUCACGGCCAGGAAGUCGAGUGCUCCGGCCGCCAUCCAGCAGCAGGGGGACAUUGCCAACGAAACAGUCGUCAUCGAGCGCGAUCUAGAUCUAGAUCAGGAAUAGUGGCACCGAGUUCUCCAGCAAAAAUUUUUUCAGUAAAAAUAAAUAAUGUACUUUUGACUCAUGUG